AUGCUGCCCCUGUGCUACCGAAGAACCUUCAUCGACAUCGAAGCCGAGCCAUGCAUGAAGCUGUUGCGAUGCAACAGCGUUCCUCCGGCGCGCCGUGCCGGGGAGGAUGAGGAUGUCCAGGUGAGCAAGGAUUUGGCGAGCGUCUACACGCGCAUGGAGGAGUGGCGGUCCGAGAUCUGGUCUCCGACCACGAGCUGGGACUUCCCGGUGUCGGGGUCAGAGAUUCAGAACUCGGAAGAGGCCGCGGCGGAAGAAGAAGUGGCGGCCUCUGGAUGCGGACCUGCGGAUGGGACACUGGUGUCGCCGGCGCACGCGGAAGACCACGAGGUGUUCAUCAAGCCGCCAAUCCUGGAAGCUAUGGGCAUCCAGAGGUUUGGGGGAAGCUGUGAAGCACAGGCCAAUGUCUUGGACGGUGUCAAGCCGACAACAGCUUGCUACCCCUAA